GCUUCUAUAAGAGAACAAGUUUCUGUCUCCCUUUCUCUUAACUUUCGAUCUUUUCAACUCUAAGAAGUUUGCUUGCAGGAACAAGAUUAAAGACUCAACUUUCCAUAUCUUUCAAAGACCCCAUUUUUAACUCCAAAACUCCUUCUUCAAUCCCAUAUUUCUUGUUCAGAAACAAACACCCAAGUCCCUAAAUUUUUGAAUCUUUAUUGUUUAUCGUUCAGAUUUCUGAUAAAAUGAAGAAAGAGCAAGUGAUAUUGAUGCUAUGCACAAUUGUGAUAGCAAUCCCAUUGGUUCAAAGCGUUUCUGAAGGGCCAAAAGCAGUGAAAAACUGGUUCAAAGAGCUCCCACUCAAAAAACAAAAGUCUACAAAUCUACAUUUUUAUUUUCAUGACACCAUCGCCGGACCCGGUCAAACUGCAUAUCAAGUAUUCGACUCAAACAUCACCUCGACCACCAUGAGCCAAUUUGGUCUUGGCUUCAUGUUUGACAAUCCUCUAACCGUUGAUCCAGAAGCAAGCUCCAUGAGGAUCGGUAGGGGCCAAGGGCUAUUUGGAUCAGCAUCCUUGGAAGUACCAAGGUUUCUUAUGAACUUGAACUUUGUCUUUACAGAAGGGUCUUUCAAUGGUAGCACCCUACAGGUUCUUGGUACUAACCCUAUCUUGAGUCAGGUUCGUGAAAUGUCUGUUGUUGGUGGAACUGGCGUUUUCCGACUAGCUCGUGGGAUUGCCACCGCUCAGCCGUUUUUCCGUAAUGAUACGUCGACUAUUCUUGAAUUUGAUCUUGUCGUGCUUCAUUAUUAAGCUUGUUGAUGUUGAAGUAUAAGCUAAAUAUGUCAGUUACUAUGUGGAGUCUGAAUCGUUUUGUUGUUUAGGAAGGAUUGUGUUGUUUUGGAUUAAUAAUUAAUUGCCAUGACUGUUACAUGGUGGUUACAUAUAUCAUUAGUAUAAGUAUAUGGAAUAAACAAUCGUGUGUCUACGCUUGCUGUAAUAAAUAAAAGUUUUGAUUUAUUA